UUUCCAGUUCCCACGCACGCUAUGGCCACCUCCGCCGAGCCUGCGUCAGGGCACGCCCUCUUCCUCCCCUACCCGGCGCAGGGCCACGUCAUCCCGUUCAUGGAGCUCGCCCACCGCUUCCUCGACCGCGGCUUCGCCGUCACCUUCGUUAACACCAAGUUCAACCACCGCCGCGUCGUUGCAGCCGCCGGCGGCGCGACGACGACAUACACUUCAGCAGCAGGAGGACGGCUGCGUCUCGUUGCGGUCGACGACGGGAUAGACGACGACGACGGGGACCACGAGAACCUCAUCCUGCUCAACGCCGCCAUGCAGGAGGCCAUCCCGCCGCAGCUGGAGACGCUUCUUGACGGCGAGGACGCGACCGGCGAGGGGCUGGGGAAGGUGACAUGCGUGGUGGUCGACUCCGGCAUGUCGUGGUCGCUGGAUGUCGUGAAGCGUCGGGGGCUCCCGUCGGCCGCGCUCUGGGCGGCGUCUGCGGCCGUGCUCUCGGUGCUGGUCAACGCCAAGAAACUGAUACGUGAUGGCGUCAUCGAUGACGACGGAGCACCCGUUAACUUGAAGAACAAUUCAUUCCAUCUCAACGAGUCCGCAACGUCCAUGGACGCGACCUUCCUCGCCUGGAAUUACAUGGGCAACCGUGACGCCGAGCGCCUUGUGUUCCACUACCUCACCUCCACCGCGCAGGUGGCCGCAGCGAAGGCCGACUUUCUCCUCUGCAACACAUUCUCCGACAUCGAGCCGGCCGUCUUCUCCGGCCCCACGCCGGCCACCAUCCUCCCCAUCGGCCCGCUCCGCACAUGGCAGCGGCCGACGAGACAUGCGCCCGUGGGGCACUUCUGGCACGCCGACGACGCCGUCUGCAUGUCCUUCCUGGACGCGCAACCCGGCGGAUCCGUCGUGUACGUGGCGUUCGGAAGCAUCAGCGUCAUGACCGUGGCGCAGCUUCGGGAGCUCGCGCUCGGGCUCGAGACCUCCGGCCGGCCGUUCCUGUGGGUCGUCAGGCCUGAGCAGGCCGGCAAGCUCCCAGCCGGGUUUGCGGACGCCAUUGACGGGCUCGGGAAGGGCAAAGUGGUCGGCUGGGCGCCGCAGGAGCAGGUGUUGGGGCACCCUGCGGUGGGCUGCUUCGUUACACACUGCGGGUGGAACUCCACGCUAGAGGGCAUCCGCAAUGGACUGCCGAUGCUCUGCUGGCCAUACUUCACCGACCAGUUCACGAACCAGACAUAUAUCUGUGACAUCUGGAGGGUCGGGCUACGGGUUGCGUCGGCCGAUGGUGGCGGGCUGGUGAUGAAAGAGAAGGUGGUGGAGCUGCUGGAUAGGAUUUUCAAGGACGAAGGUGCCAAGGAAAGAAUGCUGAGGUUGAAGGAGAUGGCGGAGAAAAACAUGAGCGAAGAAGGCCAGUCGUUGAACAAUAUGAAUGUGCUAAUGGAGUCCAUGGGAAGGUAGAUGCUGUACGGGAACAUAAUGAUUGUUGGCUCACGUGUCAACGUUGUGUCGGCUGUGAUCAGUAUUGAGAUUUCUCAUUGUUUAGCACUUGGAAUUGUUAGAGUAAAACGAGAUUGAAUGAAAGUGAAUGGACGACCAGUCCUCUUUCUAUUGA